AUGUCGUGCCCGUACUCACGCAACAACGGUGUUAGACACACAAGUGAGAUAAUUCUUUUUAUCCUAAUUUUUAGUGGAAUGGAGAAAAAUGUUUGAAGAACCUCAUUGAAAAAGGAGCAAUUCAAAAACGGUCUUUGUCAUUAUAUUUUUUCGUUAUAUUUUUUUUUUAAAUUAUUGAAAAAAAGUUGAAGUAAUCUCAAAAAAAUUCGGAAAAAAACUCCGAGGUGCUCAGAGAAAAGUCGAGCAGAAAAAAAUUACAUCACAGUUUCACUGGUUUUUUGAAAAGAGUUCGCGAUGGAUGGAAAUAUUCAGAAUCUAAUAAUCUUUGAAAGUCAUCAAAAAAACUGAAGUUAAAUUUCUACGUGAAGAUAAAGCUUCUCACAAACUAAACCUGGUAAACUUGUCUAGCAGUUUAUUAAUUUUUUUUUCAGUCGGAACUGGUGUCGGAGUUGGCGGAGGAGUCGGUUUCACGACGGUGACGCCAGGAACGACGACUGUCCGAACCGUCGAGUACAGCAACGGAGUUCCAAUCGGAGGCUCGUCCAGCUACUCCUCGUACUCCUCUUCUUCAACUCACGGAUCGACUGGAGGACAUCUAAUUGGCGGCGGUGUCGGCGACAGCUACUCGGUUCACACCAGAACUGUCGGCGGAAACGUCCCAUUGGGUAUCCGACACGGCUUCCCUGAAGUCGGUGGCCUUCACGGCGGCUAUUCCGUCACUACCAGGACAGUUGGAGCUCCAGUUGUUGGAGGUCACGUCGGUGGUUCCUCCAGCUACUCCUACUCCAGCAGCUCAUCCUCCUCUGCUUCUGGAGGCAUUGGUGGCGGCGUCGGAAGAGUUGGAUUUAUUGAGACGCAUCCUGUGGGAUUCACAAACAUCGGAGGCAAUAUUGGCGGAAGUUCAGGCUCCAGCUACUCUUCUUACAGCUACAAGAGCUCUUCUUCUCGUCUGGGAUAA